ACCGCUCGCUCGCCAACAGUGUAAUAUGAUUGAAUUGGAUUAGUCAACUGCUGGUAUUAUACCAGAAAACAUCGUUUUUUGAUAGGGGUUUGAUAGGCGAUUUGUGCGGGGUUCGCUGAAAAACCCAACCAACUCUCAAUUGGUAAGAAGGCCCAAUAAGGAGCAGCAGCAGCAGCAGCAGCCCCAGUGUGUGCCCAAUCGCGCGAGGGUCGAUUUUUUGGGGGCACCCGCCGAUUAAUGACGCGAAUUGCGGAAUCCGUAAUUGGUUGUUUGGUUUUAUAAUUGCACGGCUGCAAGAUGUUUUCCACGUUUGGUGUGUGUUGUUGCCGCCUCGGGAAGUGACGUAUUGGCGCAGAAGAAAGUUCAUUUUUUUUUGCUGGGAAAAAUUUUUAAAGGAAAAAAAAUAAAUUAUGAAUGUUUUACUGUUUUGUUUUCGCGUAUGAUAGCGCCCGGGAGGGUGUGCGUAUAAUCGAACAACGAAGAUCGAAGAAGUUUUUUUUUUUUGACAAUAAUAAGACGACGAAAUAACCGAUUCGACGCCCCCCCACCAAGACCCGGCUUGCCUUCGAUCGGUGAUCAAGUGUGUUCCGAAGUGACAGCUGUGGCGACAAAUGAAGCGUGACGGUGCGUGUGAUUUUUUUUUCGGUUGUUAUUCCCUCGCGCCUUAGCCGUUGACGAAAAUAUCUCAAUCGGUUACUACCGUUCGGUCGGUUCGGUUUUUAAUGAAAAUUAAUUAAGACAGCACCGCGAUUCUGGUUAUCCCCUUUUUCAAAGUUGGUUCAGAAGCGGAAAAAAAGAUAUGUGACGAAAACUCAAAAAUAGAUUUCUGCUGCGUGGGAAACUUUGUCUGAAGAAGCGAAACCAGCCCGAGUGCGGAAAAAUUCGGCCUGACGGGGAAAUCUUCCCUGCGUGUGCGUGUGUAUGUGCGUUGUGUGUGUGUUUUCCUGCGUCCACUGUUUACCAAGCUAAUGUGAAUUUAAUUUCUGACCUUCGACGAGAGUUUGAUUGUUGAAAUUCGAUAGGAUUUUCACGGCUUUUUUUCUCUGAAUUCCUGCUGCUCUCGAGAGACCUGACGCAAAGUGUGCGAAACCAAGCGGUGGAAGUGAUUUAAUGACCCCAAUCAGCGGAGAGUCGUAAAGUAAUCGACAAAAAUAAAAAUAAAAACAAAACAAAACCCACCCCACAAAAGUGCAAUUUUAUGACAGCCUCUCGAAAUGCAAUAAAAGUCCAAUUUAUCGACCCGCAGAAGAAGGGCAGGAAGUGGGUUGAAGAGAGUUAGAAGAGAGAAAAAAAACAAAACGUCAAAUGAACGGAACGGUGCAGUUUCGAAGGCGCAGGAAGAAGAUGUUGGUGAUCGCUAUCAGUGAAUGACCGAUCCAUCGGUCCGACAGCAGAGAAGAAGAGAACACACAGCAAACGUUUAUCGAUUGGCAGAAAGUGCAUAGUGCAUAGCAAGUCGCGAUCAAAGCCACGAAGGGUUCGAUUGUGAAAACAAAGAAACGCAGAAAAAGCAGAAUAGAAAAAGCGCGAAGCGGACAGCCCGAUCACGGCCUCCUCCUUGACGAACGUAACGGCAGUGCCCACCUUGGCAACGAUCGCGGCGUCCACUGCUGGCGGCCGGCUGCCAGAGGCUGGCGGUGGAAGACCACCGUCGCCGUCACCGGGAUCGAACCACCACCGAAUGCAGCCAACCGCACCCCAGAGCACGGGAGGUGGUGAUAUGGACCUCCCCACCGUACAGUCCAUGGAUUGGAUGUUCCAGAACAAGCAGCUCUACUUCCUAGCGCAGUAUCUAGCACAGCAAGCCGAAAAGAAGGAGAAACUAUCGACCACAGCCGGCACCAUGGAUGGGUCGCUGAACACCGCCACCACCAACCUGGCCUCUCCGCUGGCGUCGUCCACCAUUAUCGAGCAGAAUGGGGUCACGCCACCUUCCCCCUCGACGACGCCUCUGUCCGACGCGGGCAGUGUCAGCGGGAGGCUGAUGGAGGCCGGCAGUAGCCCCGAUAAACCCACGCUGGAGAGCGAAUCGCGGCUUGAUCUGCUGAAGGAGAUGAGCUCGUUCAGUCUCAACAACAACAACAACAGCAUCAGCAGUAAUAACAACAACAACAACAACAACAACAACAGGGUUAGUCCUACCCCAGAAAAGGAAAGUGAAUGCGGCGUUAACAAACAGUCGUCGGGUAGUGUUGAUAAAGUUAGUAACAACGGUAGCAACGUCACGAGUGAAGCCGGCAGCGGUUGCGUCGGUAACGAGGACAAGGAAAGCGAACCCAGGGAGAACGAUAGCGGCAACCGAACAACCAAAUCGCUAGCCGAGGAACUUUCGGCGAAAGACAGAGAGAUCUCAGCCCUGUUCGAGGAAGUGAGCCGGCUGCGGACGGCCAUCGCCAACAUCCAGGAAUCGCACAACCUGCAAAUCCAGCGGCUGGAGGAUCGCCUCGAGGAGAAGCGGCAGCACAUCGUGCGGCUAGAGUCCCGCAUCGAGAAGCACCAGGAUUUCGAUGAUCUGAAGAAAGAAAACAACAUACUGCGAUCGGUAGACCUGAGCACAUCACACGAAUCCAAGCAGUUCCAGGAGCUACUGCUUGAGCGCACCAAAGCCCUGGCGGCCCAAACCGAAGCCAUCAAGUCGUCCACCUCCGAAGGAUCUCCAGCGAGCGGCCAGCCGAAGUCUGCUUUGUCGCCAUCGACGAGCAACUGCAGCACCGCUGGCACCAUCCCUCACGCUAACGCUUAUAACGCUAGUAACGAGCUGCCCAACAGCACUAACGACAGUAGCGGCAGCCCCGUCAUUACCACUACUACAACCACCACCGCCACCUCCACCAACAGUAUCAACAACAACAACAACAACCAAAACAUCAACAAUACCAUUACUGGCAACAGCAGUGGUGUCAAAAGCAAUGACCUUAGCACCAGUUGUAACAUUGCUGGAACCCCGAGCCGACCUGCCUCGACUCCAACCGUCAUACCGUCUCCCUCAACCGGUGGCGUCGCGGCUACUGUCGCUCCUCCGCUUCCUCAUGGUGCGUCCACCGCGGCCACCGGCACUAGCUUGCCGCAGCUGAAUCCUUUUCUUCCGCCCUCGUUGCAAAAUGUCGAACAGUUUGGGUCAUUUCUGGGCGAGGAAAUCGCUAGCACUUGGCGACGCGGCAUGGAGCUGGCACCACCACCUCCUGGUCUGGCCGCAGCAGCAGCCGCCGCCGCUGCCGCAGCUGCAGCCGCUCGAAACCACCCACAGCUAUUAAUGAACCAUCAUCAUCAUCAUCCUCCCACAGAUCUAGCCCAUCAGGAGCAGGACAAAGCCAGCUCGUCGCACCAUGAUAACUCCUCGAGUGCUAGCACACCGAUCCUGCAGGAUACCUCCCGACACGACGAACACCUGAACGGUGGUGGACUCACGCCCAUGCGGAUGUCCAAAAGUCCCCUCGAGGACAACAACAACAUCCUGGGACCGCUGUCACACGCCGGGCCCGGUUUGAUGCAGGGUCUACCGUUCCAGUUCCAGGAUCGGGGUCAUUUCCGCUUCGCCGAAGACCUCCAGCUACCACCGGGGGCAAUGGUAGGUCGCCUGGGUGACUCCCUCAUCCCCAAGGGUGACCCCAUGGAGGCCAAACUGCAGGAAAUGCUCCGCUACAACAUGGAUAAGUACGCCAACCAGAACCUGGACACGCUGCACAUCUCACGACGCGUCCGGGAGCUGCUCUCGGUGCACAACAUCGGCCAGCGGCUCUUCGCCAAGUACGUGUUGGGUCUCUCCCAGGGCACCGUAUCCGAACUGCUCUCCAAGCCGAAACCCUGGGACAAGCUGACCGAGAAGGGACGCGACAGCUACCGCAAGAUGCACGCCUGGGCGUGCGACGAGAAUGCCGUCCUCCUGCUCAAGUCGCUGAUCCCGAAAAAAGGUAAAGAACCAGGAAUGCCAACUUUCGGACGGCCCGAGGGCUCAGACAUGAACGAUGACCGAAUCCAGCAUAUCCUGUCCGAGGCUCAAUCGAUGAUUAAGCGCGAUCCUCAGGGUCUCUCGACUCCUCAGCAUCCGUCUCAGCAGCAGCAGCAGCAACAUAUGCACCAACAGCUUCAGCUCCAGCAGCAGCUGCAGCUCAACUCGCUGGACGAUUCCCAGCACAGUGAUAAUGACUCGAAGUCACCCCACAGUCGUGACGUCCAGUCGCCAUUUGCCAAAGAUUACCUGAACCGACGCGCCGCGAUGAAGAAAUUUGACACCGAGGACGGCAUUCCCCAGGACAAGAUUGCGAAGAUCUACCAGGAGGAAUUCUCGAAGCUGAUGCGAAGUCCGAGGGAGUUUCCAAAUUUCCUCUUCCCACACUUCCUUAGCGGAGCAAUGCCACCAAUGGACCGAUUGCAGGACGACAAUAUCCGGAUGGCGCUCGAGGCAUACCAUCGAGAGCUAGCUAAGCUCCAGCAGAAUGCAGCGGCAGGUGGAGGCCUUCCCAACAUGCCAAGCAUUUCCAACCUUCCAAAUUUCCUCGCCCUGCAACAACAACAACAACAACAACAGCAGCAGCAGCAGCAGCAUCAACACGCUGCCACUCAACAACAGCAGCAGACCGGCCUCAACGGAUCCGUCCAGGAUCUCUCGCUCCCCAAGGAAAAACAGUCCUCCAAACUGAACGGUUCGCUAACUGAUCUCGAGAGCGAAAUCGAUGCCGCCAACAGGGAAGUGGACGACGCCAUGAAGCAUAGCGCGUUCAGCCUGGUGAAACCCAAACCUGAGCCGGGAACGUGUACGCCCACCACUACCGCUUCGUCCGCCCCUAGCCCCAUCAGCAGCAGUAUUCUGCCACCGGUGAUCGCCUCCGCGGAGGAAUUUUCCGUCACCGCUAGUCCCCUGCAACGGAUGGCGUCCAUCACGAACUCUCUCAUCACGCAACCCCCCGUCACGCCCCAUCACAGCAGCCAGCAGCGUCCGCUGAAGGCCAUCUUACCCCCCAUCACCCAGCAGCAGUUCGAUAUGUACAACAACCUCAACACCGAAGACAUCGUCCGCCGAGUGAAGGAGUCCCUCUCCCAGUACUCCAUUAGCCAGCGAUUGUUCGGUGAAUCCGUACUUGGUCUAUCCCAGGGAUCCGUAAGCGAUCUACUGGCUCGCCCAAAACCUUGGCACAUGCUGACCCAGAAAGGCCGCGAACCGUUCAUCCGAAUGAAAAUGUUCCUCGAGGAUGACAAUGCCGUUCACAAACUCGUCGCCAGCCAGUACAAAAUCGCCCCGGAAAAACUCAUGCGAACUGGCAACUACAGUGGCACCCCUCAAAUCCCCGGAAUGAUGGUCAAACAAAUGCCUCCCAUGCCGAAGAUGCUCAGCGACUCGCUCAGCAAGCUCCAGCAGGACCAGAAAACACUCCUCCAGCUGCAGAUGUCCCAGAUGCAGCAGAUGCCUCCCACUUCACAAGCUCAACAGCUCCAGCAGCAUCAACAGCAACUCCACCAGCAACAGCUGGCAGCUGUGGCACAGCACCAAGCCCAACAGGAAGCUGCCGCUCGACAACAGCAGCAGCAACAGCAACUUCAUCAACCUCCCUCCUCUCAACCAUCACCGAUUCCAGCCCAGCAGCAACAAUCCCACCAGCAACAAUCGCUUCAGCAGCGACAGCAGCCCUCUCCCCAGACGAUGUUGCUGACUCCACCCGGCAUUCCACCCCAGCACGCCAUUCCGCUGCAAAACGUCGACAAGAAACCCUUCCAGCUCGGGAUUCACUCACCCCAACAGCAAACCCCAACCUCCCAACAGCAUCAACCCGGACCCCCGCCGGGAGUGAACUCGAUGCGAGGCAGCCUGCAUCAGCAUAUCUCGCCGACCGUGUACGAAAUGGCCGCCCUCACCCAGGACCUUGACACCCAGGUGAUCACCACCAAGAUCAAGGAGGCGCUGCUCGCGAACAACAUCGGUCAAAAGAUCUUCGGCGAAGCCGUCCUCGGUCUCUCCCAGGGCUCCGUGUCGGAGCUUCUCUCGAAACCAAAACCCUGGCACAUGCUCAGCAUCAAGGGACGUGAACCCUUCAUCCGCAUGCAGCUCUGGCUGAGUGACGCCAAUAACGUCGAGCGGCUGCAGAUGCUCAAGAACGAACGUCGCGAGGCCAGCAAGCGGCGGCGAUCGACCGGCCCCGGAGCUCAGGAUAACAGUUCGGACACCAGCAGUAACGACACCUCCGAGUUCUACCACUCCAACUCACCGGGGCCCGGAUCCGUUGGCUCGGCAGCGGCUCCUCCCAACAAGAAGCAGCGAGUGCUUUUCUCCGAGGAGCAGAAAGAAGCGCUCCGACUGGCGUUCGCCCUCGAUCCCUACCCGAACGUACAGACGAUCGAGUUUCUGGCGACGGAACUGGGCCUGUCAACCCGCACCAUCACCAACUGGUUCCACAACCACCGGAUGCGGCUGAAACAGCAGGUUCCCCACGGACAGCCGAGUGAACCGAUUCCCUCGCGAGAGAACCAAUCGGGGGCACCGUUCGAUCCGGUCCAAUUCCGCGUGCUUCUGAGCCAGCGACUGAUGGAGAUCCAGAAGGAGCGCAUGGGACUCAGUGGAGUGCCACUGCCCUAUCCACCUUACUUCGCUGCGAAUCCAAAUCUAGCGGCACUGAUUGGACGAGGAUUCAUCCCCGGAGAGGUCGAUUUGGCGGCCCUAAACAAAGCCGUCAGCGAGCAGAUGAGCGGUCUGGACCUGUCGAUGCCUUCAUCGGUGAAACGGGAGGGCGAGGAGGACUACGAGGAAGACGGUGACAACGAUGGCGAAAGUCACAUGAGCGACUCCGAAUCGGUGGACGACAGCUCGAAGCGAAGCGAAACGGACGAUCACUCGGCGACCAGUUUAUCGCUGGCGAGUUUACAUGCGAUGUCCCGGAUUAGCAGGCGAAAACCGGCCGCUCCGCAGUGGGUCAAUCCCGACUGGCAGGAUGACAAGGGCUCCAACAUUCCAGGAGUAGGGGGCGGCGUCGGUGUGACCGGGGAGAAGAAAGACAACGACCUCCUCAACGGGGUGUGCAUGCUCCAGUCGGACAGUGUACCCUCGGUGCAGCAGAGGUUCGUUGCGGCGAUGGCAGCGGCCGCCGCAGCAGCCGUAGCAGCGGCUGCCUCCUCCGGCAGUGACAACGAAAAUGACGACGCCAAGUCAACCCACUCGAAACAGUCGGAGGCGGAGGAUCUGCACGGCGAAGCGGAUGCAAGGCUCGACAAAGACGACGUAACGAUGACCAGCAGCGGGCUGGGGGACAAGACCGGCGAUGCUUCCGACCGGGCCGACAAGGAUCUCGUUCAGGUAAAAACCGAGCUGUUGGAAGAGGUGAACGAACGGUGGGAGUAUUGAGGGGAGGGAACCCCCGUCUAGUGACGAGGUUUGUGAAUAGCGAAUGGUUAUAAACCAACGGACGGAUUGAAACAAAAAGUUGUCAGUGCAAUCGAAAAUAGCUAAAACAAAUAUAAACAAUAAGUGCGGCGUUGAUUCGGGAAUAAGAAAAAAAGAGUAAAGUCUGAACGUUUCCAUGCUAAAAAAAAACAGUGGGAACGGAUUACAGACGAAAUUGUGAUUAAGGAAGAAUGUCUUUAUCUCUUCUGUUUUACGUUGUUAUUCAUGGUUUUUUUUUAUAUAUAUUUAGAUGCUCGUACUAUUCUUUUAUAACGUGAAGAACAACAACAGCAACUAUCUGACUGCGAUCCAACUUCCUCACAGAUUUGAACGAAAGUUUGUUUUCCUGAACACACUUUUCGUUCUUUGUGUACAUACUUUUUACUACCAAACACGCGAGGCAUAAGUUCCACCUUUUUUUUCCUUCUUUUUCAACUAUCAAUGUAAGAAGACUGUUAAACCGAGUUUUAAAUAUGAUAUAAUGGAGAACAAAAAAAAAAAUUAUAAAUGAUUGCUAGAUUUUAAGCCACUAGCCUAACUUCUAAGAGGGAAACAAUUUUUUAUUUUAGGAAAAGAAAGCGCAAAGUUUCGUUUUGUUUUGUUUCUUUCUUGGUUUUUAGUUUUACAGCCAACAUCCAAAAUGGUUUGCUCUUUCUCCCAAAUUGCAUUUACUUCUCUACCUUCUUUGAAUUUAAGCGAGAAAGAGAAGAACAAUGAUAACUUAAACGUACUUAUAGGUGAAUAAUUAGCGAUCGUUGUCUCCCUUCGGAAUAUCCCGCGAGAAAUAUUUGCACAGAAAAAAACAAUGAAAUCAAAACACAGUAAUGGGAAAAUUGUGAACGGAAAAUCAAAAACUUUUAGCAAACGAGCGGCGGAGGCAGAAUAAUGGAUGGGGGGGAAUAUAUUUUUUUUGUAAAUACUCCACUCAUGAUGAUGAACUUCCCAUCCGAAGAGAGAUAUAAUAACAUAAACAAACAUGAAUAAGAAAAAAAGGCCAAAUAUUUAGCUGAUAGUGACACGAAACCCUUCGAUGGGACAACAAUGUUAGCGGAAGUUUUUUUAAGUUCGUCCCCAACAACAUUUGCGUAAUUACGCUACAUCCUGAUUUUAUCGAAUCCAUCAUUGAUUUCUCCGUUGAAAGAAGCUCUGAGGGUUCGGCAAUUAACAGAAUUUUAAUCCCUAACCAAACCAUCCGACAUAUGCGAAGGCGGCGGCGGAGACAGGGAAAAGGGAAAAAUGUUUAUGCAAGGUUAAGAAAACGAUCUCAAAACUCAAACCAAAUAUAUUUAAACAAACAAAAAUCAUAAACAAUAUACACAAGAGAAAAGAAAAGAGUUAUAUUUAACAAACAAGCUGAAAUACACACUCACACUCGAACAAGAAAAAAAGAGAAGUCAGUAAUCGAAUUUCUACACCACACUUUUGUUUUUGACCAUUACGAAAGGUGUGCUGUUUUCCGGGACACAUUCUUGUUCCCCUGAUGGAAUCCAAGAAAUGUAUAAAUGUAUUUUGUAAAUAGUUUCCUCAGUUUAGCAGCCCUAAGUGAAACUUAAACAUAAUUUGUUUAGAAUUAGGGGAAGUCGCAAGUGUCGGGGGCGUGCGAAGGAACAUUCGUUCUUUCCCGCCCAGGCGCAUGCAAAACGAUGAACGCAUAUCCGAAUAAAUAAUGGAACAAAGGACACAGACACAAACAAAAUCUAGUAUUUAUUCAGAAUUUUAAUCGAAAAUGAACAAACUAAAAAAAGAAGCUCGAUGAAAAGUACACAAUAAAACAAUUAUUCAUUGAACAAUUCCAAGAAUUCGUGCAGAAACACACACAAAAAAACAAACAAAGCAUGAAAAGAAAUAAAGGAACCGCAAUCCUUGCAAACAUACAAUGAAAAACAUCAACAAACAUUAAAAUUGUAGAGUAAAACACACCAUUUGCCAGUUCGGUUUCUUUGAAUUUCUUUUCCAUUGCUACGCGUGAGUUGUCUCUUUUCUCUCCCGAGAUUAUUUCUCCGGCGAACAGAGCUAACUCACGCGAAUAUGAUUAAUGAAAAAUGAUGAAAAAAAACAAUCAAAUUGUUUAAUUUAAUAAAAUAAUAUUUAAAAAAAACGAUGAUAGCUAGGAAUGUGAAUUUUAUACAAAAGCAAAUCAUAAAUUAAUGAACAAAAAAAAAAUCUAAUAAUGGUAAUCCCGAUAAGAGGGAGAAAAAAAUUGGAACAAACAUAAGAGUAAUUUUAAAACAGGAAAAUUGCAAUACGUAAAACGAAUCAUUCAGAGAACGACAACAACUCAACCCAACAAACAAACAAACAAACAAAAAGUCAGUCGGUCAUUGGUAGACGACAGCAGUCAAUCCCCCUCGGGGGGAGAGGAGCAGCGAAAGAUAGGUAGAUGGGCGCGCGCUGAUAGUUCAAAUUUUUAUUUCUAAAAAAAAAUAAUAUAUUUUUCUGUUCUCAAAGAAUUUAUAUUGCAAUUCGGAAAGUGGGUGCACCCAUCGGAGGUGGUGGUGUGCCCUUCCCCCACACACACAAAUUAAGUUUUUAAGAGAGUAACGCGCGAGAGCGAGAGCAAGAGCGAGUGAGAAAGAGAGAGCGAGAAGCAUGGAAUUUGUUAACUUAUUAUCGGUUCGUUUUUUUAUGAUUACUAUAACUAUUCUUAUUAUUAUCGCUUUUUCCUAGAAAGAAUGAUAAUCUUAAUAAUAUUUUUUACGCGAGUAACUAUGUUCAUUUUAAAGAGAGAGAGAGAGAGAGAGAGAGAGAAGAGAGAGAGAGAGUCAAGGAACGUGAAUAAUAGCAUAAAUUAACACAGACACGUGAACAAAAACUUGUAGAUAAAUGGUAAUUGCUUUCCAAACAAAAAAAGUAAAAUGUCAAAAGUCAAACCAGGAGAAAGAGUUGAUCGCAUUCGCGUAGAAACGAACAAAAGCUAAGGAGGGUGAAAUAAAAUGAAUCGAGGAAUGAAAAACCAACACACACACAGGCAUUGUAAAGUUAAGUGUCUAUACAAGAAAAAAAAACAACCACGUAAAAAGGAGGUAUGGUAAUUCUUAAAUAUAAAGGAAAAUAUUUAAAACCAACAAGGCAAACAUUAAAUAUACAACUUUAGCUCUAGCCAUCAAAUGAACAAAAAAAAAGAAAACUGAAAAAAAAUAAAUGGGAGAACUCUCCAGAAUUUCGAUACUCGAAAGAAUAGCGUGGAAACACUCGAAAACGUUGGAAGUAAACGAAAAACAUAAUAAUCGAGCAGAAAUGAGGACGAAAUAAAGAAAUCUGUAAAUACUUAUUAUCAUAUCAUUAUAUUAUAUUAAUUAAUUAUAAAUAUUAUAUAUUAAAAUUAUUAUUACAAUUAUAAUGGUAAUAUUAUUACAUUGAAUGAAUAAAGUAAAACGGUAAUGAAA